AUACAUGCAAGAAGGUGCUCGAAGACGCAGAUAGUGGAAGUGGACACGGGGAGAAGAACGAGAUUCGCUGUGAAUAUCGACGAGGGGGAGUAGCGAGCGAGUAUUCCUUCAAAUACACAUCGCAUCGCGAAGCAGCAGCAGCAGCCAGCCGCGAGAAAAAGACCCGCCGAACUGGACUCGAGUUGUAGCUCUGGCAUCGUUUGACGGACAUUUUUGCAUAAAAAGUGCAAUCUUCGGAACGGUCUAGCCGGCGCGGUAGUGAACCUAUCGAAAUCGGAACAGUGCCCGGUGGUAGUGCGGAAUUUUCGCUUUCAGUGGACGUUGGAAGUGUAGAAAUCGGUCCCGGUUCAGCGGUGGAAAAGCCCGUUGGAAAAUCGGUACUACACGGGGUGCGCUUUUUGCGGAUCGCCAUUUUGAACAUUCGGUUUUGUGUGUGCUCUCGGUUUUGAAAUUACUGUGGUGCGGUUUGGGAAAAGUUAUCUGAUUAUUCGGUCGGAUUUUCCCUCCGGGUCGGGUCGACACUAGGAGCGAGGGUUUUCCCCUUUCCCAGCAGGGGGUGGUCGUUUGCCAGGGUCCGCCAGGAUGGCCCACCAGAACAAACCGGUCAGCAUCGUGAUACAGGAUCCCAAUGGUCAACAGCAAGUUCUCCAUGUGAUGCAAACGGCGUCGACGACCGGCCGGCCACUGACGUCGGCCAGCGUCAAGACGAUCGUUAAGGAAGUGACCGGUCAGGAUAUUAGCGGACAGACUUUUGCCACCCCUGUUAUGCAGAAGCUCGCGCCGGGUCAGAAAUUCAUCACAGUGAAUAAUCCAAACAAAUUGCAGAUCGUAAAUUCACCCGCAGCGAAAGGCAUCAAUGGGAAACCACUGGUCCGAAUCUCACCGUCACAGUUGGGUCAGCUGAAGUUGAUUGCGGGUCCCGGACAGCUGACAGGUUCACCCAUUUCCGGCCGAAAUCUAACGGCCAUGCUCGCGCCUUCGACUUCGAUUUCGCCAUCAACCUCAAGCGGAGCACCCGCCCCGUCGACGUCAUUCAUGAGCACAAACCUGAUGACCAGCACCUCAACACCGGUUCUAUCGACUUCUUUCGUUUCGCAACCGGUGCCCCCGCCCGCUGUGGCAACACCCACCCACAGCAACGCAAAAGGAUCUCAACAACACCAGCAGCACCAACAACCACAGUACAACAACUAUGGCAAGAAAGCCGCCGCCGCCAGUCAGAUUCACACACCGGCUUCGCGCCGGAGAAAGACCGACAAAAUCGGCCGCGGGCUGCGGCACUUUUCGAUGAAGGUCUGCGAAAAGGUGAAGGAAAAGGGCACAACCACGUACAACGAAGUGGCGGACGAGCUGGUCGCCGAAGAAACCCAAAGCCAUCCCGGUGUGGAUCCGGCUUCGUACGAUCAGAAGAACAUCCGCCGGCGGGUGUACGAUGCCCUGAAUGUCCUGAUGGCGAUGAACAUCAUUUCCAAGGAGAAGAAGGAAAUCCGCUGGCACGGACUGCCCACCAGCAGCGUACAGGAGUGCGACGAUCUGGAGAAGGAAAACGAGAAGGCGCGCGAGCGGAUCGAGCUGAAGCAGCAACAGCUGCGCGAACUGAUUCUGCAGCACGUGGCGUUCAAGUCGCUCGUCGCCCGGAAUCAGGAAAACGAAGAACGAGGUCUGGUGCCGAACCCGAGCUCCGCCAUCCAGUUGCCAUUCAUCAUUGUUAAUACGGAUAAGAAGACUUACAUCAACUGUAGUAUUUCGAACGACAAAUCGGAAUUUUCGUUCAAAUUCGAUAAUACAUUCGAGAUACAUGACGAUCUGGAGGUGCUGAAACGGAUGGGACUGUUGCUAGGUUUAGACAAAGGAAAGUGCACUGUCGAAGACAUUUCCAAGAUUAAGACGAUGGUUCCCAAGUCGUUGGAAAAGUACAUCGAAGUGUACGGCCUCGGCAUGGAGAACGAAACCGAAGACUGGGAUAUGGCCUCAACCUACACCGGCGGGCCGGAUUGCGACGAUAGCGUCCAGGACGCUACCGAUCUGUUGUCCAGCUAUCAGGACAACACUUGCGAAAUCAACGAGGACGACUUGAUUUCCGAGGAUGAUGGUUAGAUCAAACGGCUUCCUUGCAGUAAAAGGAAGACCGUGUCGAUGGCGACGCGGCGACGUUGACCCAUGUCAUUGCUCCUCCUUUCCGGCUAGAUCCAACAAUGUAGUUUAGAUGUAUGCACACGCCCUCCGUUCAUGUUGCUGCGUGGGAGUCCCAUACAAUGUGAAGAUGGAUUUCGUUUUUGUUUCAUUUACUAUUUUAUAUCUCUCGUUUUCUGGUUCAGCUAAGUUAGAUAAAAUGCUGGCACCCUUAGCUAGGAGCACGACCUUCGGAAGGGAGGAGGACAAUGCAAUAUUCGGGAGUAGGAAGCAUAUUUUUUCUACGACUUCCGCAUGAAGAAACGGAGGAAUGAAGCAUGAAACUGAGAGUGCAGGGCUUAGCAGUAAGAAACAGAAAAAACAUACAAUGGAAAGCCGAAAGGGUGCUUUCCCUUUUCAUCAAUUACAAACAAACAAAUGUUAUUCCUAAGUAAAAGUGAAACACACACACAAACAAACCAGAAACCGUUAUCGUUAGAAAAUAUCUACCUACAAACUAAUCUCUCUUUCGAGAGGAAGAGAAGGGAUAAACUGGAAUGAGCCAAUGCAAAUACUAUAGAAAAAGUGCGUAUAGUUGUUUCUAGUGAUAAGGAACAUGAAAUGCUUGAAUCACACACACACACACACAAAUGCGGAAUGCGAAGCCGGACAGAAACGACUAACAUUGAUUGGCCUGGAAUGAAAGGAUAGAGUCGAAAAGGAGAAACGGAAAAAAGGAAAUCUAGUUAAUUAUCUGAUAAUGCACCGGAGAGUACAGAAGUAAUGUUUACAUUUUACUUGCUCUGAUUAAAUAUCCAAACUGCUGAUCAAACAUUCGAACACAGCUGGGAUAAGUUAACCGUUUUAUCGUCGUACUACACUACACAUCCGAAGUAAACUGGAGCACCUUGUGCUCUGCCAGAAACAUCCCAUUUAUAUACCAGAAAACAUCUCAGGCUUUUAUUUCUGUCUACAAUCGAUUAAUCAAAAGUAGAUUUUUGCAUCAACAACAGAAGAUAGUUUUUAGAACAAAAUAGCAGUAAUCUAAUAUGCAGCAGUUAUAUCAUACCAAGUCGUAAGUGUCAUAUUUUUUUUGUCGUAUAAAUUUUCCCGCUCUUUCCAAGCAAAUGUUCCCGUUUUCUGUUCCAACCAAUAAAAAGACAUUUUUUUCCUUCGCUUAUGAGCCCAUGCUUAUCGAUCUCACCAGCAAACAGACAUCCAUCGCGAAAUCCUUCCUGUUUCGUCAUUAAGGAUUGGCAAUUCGAAAAUUACAAAAAACGAAAACAAACAAAUUGAAACCCAUUAAAAUUUGAUACACGAGAUAAUUGUAUGUACAUACUGACAUGAAAUUCAUUCUGUAAACACUAAUCGAAUACAAAUGAAACAAAAGUAUCGCCGAUAAUGGUGUUUGAAUUAUUAGACGGAGCGGCAGCACCUACAAAACAAGAAGCCAACAAACGCUCGUCACUCAUAAGCUACGCCAGUUCACGGUAUGCACUGUGAAAAAUGAUUUUAUUUUCGGUCGAUAGCAAAACCGAUCGCAAUACGACGGUAGACACCACCAUUAUUAGACAUUGCUGCGACCUUGAAUGCGCGCAUAUAAUAAAAUAGAUGAGGCGUAAGAUUAUUUUUUAAGUGUUUCAAAUAUGUUCUUUUAUUUCUCCUUGAAUAAAAACAAUAAGUGGUAAAAGAAAGCUUAAAGAAAGCAAAUGCGUUUUGUUCUCGUUUUUUUUUUUUUUUAAUUUUAUAUAUUUUAUAUAGACUUUACUUUGCUACUACAACAAACUGUACUGACUUACACGAGAGGAUUAUUGUCGAAAAAGAGAAGUAACUUUUAGUAAGCGGAUUUCUCCAACAAUGGGAGUGCAUAUUGGCAAGGGUUGAAGAUAUGCGUAAUGUAAAAUUAUUUUUUUUUUAUUGAGUAAGCAAAAUUUUACGUUCUAUUUUUAUUUCUAGUGCAGUAAUUCUAAACGGUAACACUUAUGAAGAAAUCUGACAUUAAAAAGUAUAGAAGUAGUUA